AUGUUUGGAAACUUCACCUCCUUCGCCGGCAUUCCGGCCAAGAGCAAGGUUGAUCCUAAGGACGUACCGCCUCCUACGCCGGUAACCCUUCCUCGCUUUCAACCUUUUGCUCAGGACGACGAUACCAUCGAUGAAUCGUCUGAGCUAUCUACUCUUCUCCGUAACACUGGAAGAUCAACUGCCGCUCUCGGUCCUUCGGGUUUCUCUGCCAUUGGUCUUAAUCUGAACCUCGAUGUCAAGCCCACAGACCUGAUUCCUGACCCUUCAUUCAUCCCGGAUUUCGAUAGUUGGGACAAACUGUCGUCAGACGAAGCCCAAGAGAAGAAUCAGUCCACCCGUCACCUCUUAAGAAACGGCAACCUGUCUCCCGGCUGCCAUGUGUACCUGGAACGCAAGAAGGAAUUGUCGAAUGCCAAUGAAGACGCCUUUCGGACAGUCAGAAGGCUUCCAGCCCCGAAAGGAAAGACACAGGCUCGUUUAGGGAAUGCCUAUGAGUUUUUCCGUUGCCUUGAAGCCUUUACCUCUUUUUGGGAUGACCCAACUCAGCCAUUACCGCUUCCUCCUUCCCCUGAGGCUUCUCCAGAAGUUACUUCGUCUGGUGAUGCCGCAAACUCGGGGGACGCAAAACCUGCGAGUCCCAAGCCAGAUGAGAGCGCAAACUUCUUCAGAACCAGCGCUGGAUCGUCUAUGCCACUCGAAUAUCGCAAUAACCUGAUGACAUCAUUCAUCAAACUUGUUGCUUAUGACUUUGGGUGCAACGUCUCGCCUUCUCGAACCGAACCACGACUUCACUUCAGUUCACCCCAAGGAUCUGGUUCUCGCAAAUCUUUUUGCCCCUCAGGCUGCCUUUUCAUAUUUCAAAGUCCCACAACCCGUGAAGCCGCUCGUGCAGGUGUGGUCCACGGGCCUGUCGCCGCUGUCAGUGCCAGAGGUACAACUGACUUCACUCAGCCUGAUCCUGAAACUGCACAGUCACUCGACCUCGCUCGAGAGAUCGUAGCAGCUCUAAUUACAGCGCAGCAUCGCGCACGUGAAGGAAAGACUGAGAAGCGAUUUGGGGAGGGAGAAUGGUGGACGACCAAGAAGCGCUGGGGAAGCGGUCCUGGAGGGCCCAUAGGACGCGAGGUCGAAAAGGACCUGGUACAAGGCGACAAGGACGCGAAACCCAGUGACGAUAACGGUCUUCCCAUGCCACUUGCUAAGAAACCUCGCAAAAACAUGAGUAUCUACGACAACUAUCGCAUGAUUCGGCCUCCAUCAUCGACUUGGGACAAGAAGGCUCAAUACGAAGCCAUUGGGAGGCGCAAGGGGGCCGACUACGACGAUAUCUUUGUAGUGAGCUCGCUGUUUCACCAUAUCUCGGUCAUCCGUGUCAGAGUACCCAAUCGGCUACUUGAGGCUCUGGAAGGGGCACGGGAGCCAGAUGCAUCCAGGCGAAGUUGGGGUAAGGUUGAGGCUUGGAGGAGCCCCUGGUACGAUUUAUUUGAUACCAUACAACGACUAGCAGCUAUGAAACUAGUGUGGGCGAUGAUGGCUUACCAGAUGAGAAAAGAUGUUGUGUCUGAUGGGGACGUUGCUAUGACCAAUGCCUAA